GCUGUCAAUCAUAUGCUGAACGUAAAUGGUAUUCGCAAAACACAAAUGGAGAAGACAUGAAAACUUAGAAUCUUUGACUUAUGAAAGUGUUAAAUUUUGACCUCAAACGGUCUUCUACAUCCCCCAGCCUGCUUCUCUGUACAAUGUUAAGAAUAUGCAAGGCGUUAAAUUGAGCGUGACAGGAAUUCUGAAGCUAUGAGCUCGUCAGUCAAGGCCAAGGCAAUAUUUCCGUCCAUCUCGAUAACCAAGAAGAAAGGCAAAACAGGGUCUGGAACAACGUCGCAAACUUCAAAUGCACAGUCCUUGCCUUUUCUGCGGCCUCUAACACCGGAAUCCAUUCGCAAGCAAGCUCCCCCAAGUCCGAGCGAACCAGGUCGCAGUUUUCCAGCGCGUGGUGCUUCACCGGCUCAUUCGCCGUCGCUAUCUCGGUGGUCAAAUUCCGGCGAAACAAACCUAUCAGCGCUGGAAAAUGGUUAUCAAUUGAGCCAGUCAACCCCGGAUUUGCGGAUCGGGUACAGACAUGUUCGGAGUAUAAGUCAGCCGGUGAAGCCAGUGGCUGCCACUUCACACAGAGAAUCCUUUUCUUCGGUCACAUUCCCUGACCGAAGUAACUCGGUUAACAGCGACACUAGUUAUUACGCUGAAGCAGCAGAAGUGCCAAUGAUAGUUCAAGAAGAUAUCAUUGCUUUAACCUGCCAUGUCAGGACGUUUUCGGAAGCCCUGAGCUCGCUGCGAAACACGUUUAUAGAAUGCGAAGAUAACCCCGAUGAUGAUCCGCCAGAAGUGAAAGCACAUGAACGUCUUGGUGAGGUGCUGUCUGUUCUUAAGGGAGUCCUCAAUAAAUACCAACCUUUGCACUCAACAGACAUUCUCGCAUCAGCUGGGACAUUGAUAAGCAAGGUCAAAAGUCACAAUUAUGAAGAUACAAGUAAAGCACCUGAUGAAUUCUAUGAAUCU